AUGGCCACUAGAGGCGCUGCUCUCCGCUUGGCGUCAGAAAAUGUGGCAUCAAUUGUGGAAACUGUUACAACAAGUAGUGAAACCACUAAUUCAAAUUUGAUUCAGUUACCAAGUGUCAGUGGAGGAUGGCAGUCCCAUUCAGGUGGCACUGAUGCUUUGACAGCAACAGUUACAAUCGAGGAAGAAAUAGAUUCUACAGGUCAAAGAACUGUCAUUGGAAAUCCACUUGGGACAUCAGUAAAUACAUCAUCACCUAGACCCUUAGAAGUAAGCACAUCUAGGACAGAUAGCACAAACAAUUCAACUAUGCAUACAGAAGAAGAAGAUGUUGCAACCUUUCUAGCUACUCAACUAGCCAGUCAGGCAGCACCUCAACAAAAUGCCAGUUCAGGUUUGGUCAGUGAGCACUUGAUAUCCAGUGUGGUUAAUGGUGUAGAGGGAGCUGAUCCACAGUUACAGUAUACAUCAGCUCCAACGCAGCCUCAUCCAUCAAGCCAGGAAAUGCAGCUGUCAGCCCAUGAACAACAACAGCCUGCUGUAUCCUUUGAAAGUGUGGUGAAAUCGACUCCAGCUUCCCGGAAAUCCAUGAAAGGUGGUCUUGGUGGUGAACAGAAUCAGGUAUCAGCUGCCACAAUGAAGAAAAAUGAAAGUACUAGUGAAAAGGAGGUGCCAAUGGUGGUUGUAUAUGACAAUGUGCGCAAAGAGAAAGAGUGUCCUGUUAAAGGUUGCAACUUCACCACAACCCACAACAAAGACCUUAAUAGACACAUUCGCAAGCAUACUGGGGAAAAACCUUACCGUUGUGAUGUUUGUGGUACAUGUUUUUCUCGGAGUGAUAAAUUGAAAGUUCACACUAGAAUUCACACUAAUGUUAAACCAUACUGGUGCCAGCACCCAAACUGCCAGUAUCGGUCUAUUGACUCAGGUAGCUUGAGAAAACACAUGCGGACGCACACCAAUGAACGCCCUUACAGGUGCCAGCUUUGUUCAUACAGCGCCAAAGAUCGUUCACAGUUGACUGUUCAUCUCAGGACCCAUACAGGAGAUACGCCAUUUCAUUGUAUGUAUGAAACUUGCUCAGCAGCAUUUAAAACAAGCUCUGAUUUACGUCGGCAUGAGCGACUUCAUACUGGUGCCAAGCCUUAUAAGUGUAUCAUCUGUGACUACGCAUGUACCAUAAAAUCAAAUUUGACUGUUCAUAUGAAGCUGAAUCACUUCCAGGGAAUUAAGUUUGGUUGUCCCAAGUGUGACUUCCAAGGUAAUAGUCGAAAGCAUCUGAAAGAUCAUGAAAAGUCUCAUGCAAGCGUACUGCUACAUUGUGAGUUAUGUGAACAUGUUAGCACCAGCACCACAGGGUUACGCCAGCAUAUGCUGGUACAUUCCCAGGAGAAACCAUUCCAGUGUCGUUAUUGUCCGUUUACAUGUAAAACAACAGGCAAUCUAAGGUACCAUGUGAGAAAUAAGCAUGGUUGUGACAUAACAAAUCAUAAAAGAGUAAACGUCGGGGCAAGCAGUAAGGGCAGAAAUGCUGGAAAUAACAACAGUGGAGGACGCAGGGCCAACAAACCUACUUGUUACCGCAGGUUCAAGUGCAGUGAAUGUGGAAGUGGAUUUGUAAGAGAAGAUUCUUGGAGGUCACACAUGAGGCAGCAUCAAAAGCACAAGCUAGCUCAAGCUAUAUCAGGCAAAAUGGAGAAAGAAGUUUUUAGUGUGGUAGUUAAGGAAGACCCUAUCGUAAGAGUGGAACAGACUGGUGAAACUGGUGAGCAGUCAGCUAGAGUCACUGCUUUCACUGAAGUGCAGCCUGUGUCUGAAUCAUCAUCAAUUCCUUCGUCAGUCUUGCCUAGUCCUGACUCUGCUUCUGACACUGCAGAACCAAAAGGAAAUGAGAACAAUGUCAAUGAGUACAACUCAUAUGUCAUUACGAUUGAUGGCAUAUCCACAGUAUUCUCCAAUCCUGUACGUAUAGAAGAAGGAAGUGGAAUUGGAGAGGCUGAAGAUCAACAGACCGAAUCUGUGCAGGUUAUUGCAGGCAGUUUACUAGCCUCUGAGUCUAAGGCUUCAAAUACAGAGGAAGCUUAUACCAUAAAUGUUGAUGACAAGGUUGUAUCCACUUCUGAUCAAGACUAUCAAUUGUCAACAGGUAAAGUUGAUCAUUCUCAUCAGCUAUAUGAUCUUUCUUCAGGUGGAAAACUCACUGAAAGUCCAAGUCCUUAUAUUUGUCAGAGGGACAGUCAAGCAACAGGAGAAGCAUCUACCGAGUAUUUGCAUUGUUCAUCUUUGCAUCAGGUUUCACAGACAGUGUUAGUUGACCAAAAGCCACAAAUAGAAACCAUAGUGAGUGCUUUCCAAAAGCAUGUUGAUGUUUCUUCUAAGCUUUCCAAGCCAGAAUGAUUAUUUAAUGAAUAAUUGAUUUUUUACUAAGACAACUUUAAUAUAGACCAUGGCUGUGAAAUAUUGUUAUUUCUCUGAAAAAACUGGGUUUUAUUUAUAUUUUUAAAAUUUCUGAAUGUUAUAACAUUACUACAAACCCAUACCCUACAGAAGCCUUCAACCCCUUAUGCUGGUUUCUGUAACACUAUAAGUUUCAGUACAGGUUGGCCUUGCCAUAUGAAGGUAAUUCGUUACCAUAAAAGUAUUCUCUAAACAGACUGUAAUAAUUUAAAUUGUUAUAGAGGAUGUUGACCUGCUUAUUAAACAUAGGAUGUCCAUUUUCCAUUUACCGCUAAUGUUAUAAAUAAUUACAUUUUUUGCUUUUUCUUGGCUGUUUUGUAAACUUUGGGAAACUUGCAAUAGAAUACAAAAAAUAUAUCACAGUGAAGUAGAUUUAAACAUUAUUUAAAGCUAUUACAAUUGAACUCAACUUCUUCAGGCAAGGUAAACCUGUAUUGGUUAAUGUAGUUGUACAGAGUGAACACCCAUGCUGACGUGUUUUCUGUGUGAACACCCUUCAUUAUGCCUAGUGUCAUAUAUUCUUUUCCUGUUUCUUUUAGGAUAUGAAGUGGUUUGUUUUUGUAAUGCAUUCACCUGUGUUAUUUUAAGUGUGGCCUAGUUUUUAUUUAUUGCUCCAUAUGAAGUUCGUUGUAGAUCCUUGCAUAACUGACAAAUGUGUUAUUCUUAGGUUUACACUCAAGUCAGUGGCAUGUUCAUUUUGUGUCUUAAUUCGUAAUUUGCAGGUUCAGUUACAAAACUGUUUUAUGUAGAAGACUUAGAAUAGAUAAGCCAAAUUAUGACAAAAUUGUGGAUUUGCAAUCUAAUAAAUGAAAAAUUUAAAGGACACAAAUUAAAGAUGAAUUCGUCUUAUUUCACCUUCCUUCCUUGUACUUUACAGAAUGAUAAAAGAUAUUCCAUAUACUGUUUAUGUUAAUGUUGCUUUUUUACCAGCCUAAUUUCCCAGUAUUAUAGAUGCUAUUUUUCCUUGAAUAGGUCUGAGAAAUACAUAUACUAUGCAUCUUGAUUAUCUUUGCUAAAGUAAUCAGAACACCUAUAUAUGACCCCUAAGUAAAUUGCAUAUUUCUUUCUUGGUUAAAGUAGAAAUAAACAAUAUUAUAAAAAAAAUAUAAGUAGUCACAAAGAUUCAUUCGUGUAUGGUAUGAUUAGAGUGGACAAGCAAAGUGGAAAUUUUGUAAUAUGUUGCUCAUGUAUGAUAGUUCCUUCAGAAGUUCACAAUUAACAAUUUUAUAUUGUGUAACAGUGCAAAUUAUUUUCAGGUGUUAAAGAUUGGAAUGUUUUAUCUUGUUUGUAGUAGCAUAUGUAUUGUGUAGAUUUUAAUAUUUAGCCUACUUUCAUUUAAUGUUUGAGAUGUCAUGUUCAUGCUCAGUUACACAAGUGUAAAUGUUCUUCCAUACAUCUAAUAUUCCUAUUGGGGAUUUUAGAUUUUCAUUUCUCCGAGAAAAAAAAUUCCCUAGCUCCAUUCAUUUGCUACCACCUUUUCUGUAACUUUUCUCAUUUAUCUACCUGAAGAGGGAGACAGCAGUCUCUGAAAUAUAGUAUUUUUCCCUCAAUA